AUGCCCAAUCCGCUCACCGGCCUGCGGGUGUCCGCGCUGACCGCUGCCGCUGUCCUGCUCGCGCUGCUUGCCGGGACCCCGCUGAUCGCUGCGGGGCACCGUUGCAUCUUCGACGAGCUGCAGCGCCAGCAGCUGGCGACCGGCACCAGUGCCGUCCCCGAGGUGGCGCACCGCGAGGCGCCGCAGCAGAAGCAGGGUGCGGAGCAGCAUGGCAGCCCCACCGCCCCUGGCUCAUGGAAGCCGAUCCGCAUCUCGGUGUUCACCAAGGACCUCGACGACAGCUCCCGCUACUGCACACAGCCCGGAGAGAUGAGACCCGACUUCAGAGGCUCCAUGAUAAAAUGUGAUGAAGAUAACGUUCUCACCGAUGAAAAGAAGCAAGCGCUGCGUGAGGUGCUAAUCCCCAACACGGUGCAGAUGCACCAGGACCGCCUGCUAGUGCAACCGCUCAGACACAACAUCCGUGUUGAACACUUCACGGGGGACCUUUGUUCUCACUUUACGAUUCCCAAGUCCCACCACACCACCGGUGUGCCGAAUACCGACUUUGUACUGUACGUAGCGGCGGGACCAAUAGUAUCUGAAGCUAUCGCGUGGGCACUUACGUGCCAGUAUGACCGCAGCGACCGCCCCAUCGUGGGUGGUUCUAAUAUUGGGUCAGUAGAUAUUAUGAACGUUCUCCAUUUUACUCGUGUUCUGACACACGAAUUACUGCACGCGUUGGGAUUCAGCAUUAGAUUAUUUAACAGGAGAAACAUGAUUGAUGCUGUGUCUGUUCGCGGUAAGCCACCAAGUUAUGUUCUGAAGUCGCCCAAAGUGGUGGAAGUCGCGAGGGCUCAUUACGGGUGCAGUACCAUGCAGUACAUGGAGUUGGAGGAUGACGGUGGGUUGGGGGCUAUAAGCUCACACUGGAAGAUGCGCAACGCAAAGGAUGAAUUGAUGGCUCCUACCGAUUCUGCAAAUUUCUACACCGCCAUCACCAUCGCAGCGAUGGAGGACACGGGCUACUACAAAGGCAACUACCGCAAUGUUCAGAGUAUGGUAUGGGGUAAGAAUGCCGGCUGCAUGUUAUUUGAUGAGAAGUGCGUUAUCAACGGUGUGUCGCAGAUGCCGGAGAUGUUUUGUGACCGUAAAACUGCUUCAAUAAGUGAGUUCAAGUGCUCAUCAAACCGGCUGGGCAUCGGAAACUGUACAAUGGAGUAUCAUGAUAGCUUGCCAACAUAUUUCCAGUACUUCUCCGAUACGACAAUGGGUGGGAAAUUUGGUUGGAUGGAUUACUGUCCGUUCAUAAACGAAUAUACUGACUCUAUGUGUUCAAGUGGGGAUGAAGAAAUAUUACCCGGUUCUGUGUUUUCCGAAUCAUCGCGAUGUUUUUCAGCUGUCCCAAGCACUUCCCUCCAGAUAAGCGAUGGCCAAAAUAUGUUCGCUAUCUGUGCGGAUGUGCAGUGCGACAAGGACACCUCGAGGUACCGGGUGCGGGUGAAGGGUACCAGUGAAUUCGUUGACUGCCCACCCGGAAGUACCCUUGUGCUCUCGGACCACAGUGCAGAAUUCAACUCUGGCUCGAUCGAGUGUGCACCAUACGAGGAGGUGUGCCCUAAAUCCCUUUACCCCGACGAUGAUUAUGAAAUAAUAAUAACAAAAACAACAGAGCCUCAUCCCGUAAGACUAAAGGCUACAACUAGUUUCCUUUCACGCUUUUGGCGGUCCUGA